AUGAAUUUAAUUUCUAUCACUGCAUGGUUUUUCAAAGAUUCGUUCGUAGACGACGACUUAUUGGAUGAUCUGCUUCGUGAUAAUGAAUACCUGGCAAGUGGGAAACCAACUCGUGGUGAAGUCAUCAAGAACUCCUCCUUCAACGAUGACUUUUUCCAAAAGCUAGCUGAAGAAGCAGAGAGGGAUGGCAGCAAUGUUGUGGAUUCUGACGUGUCAGAGGCUGACCCAGAUGACAUAUUGAAGAAGAUGAAGGACAUGGAUGAUCUGGAUGCUGCUCUGUUUGGAUCAAAGAGAAAGCCUAGUUCAGCACCACCACAAACAAAGCCCUUUGACAGUAGUGGAGCAAAGAAAGAUCCUCCCAAAUCAGAGACUAAUGUAAAACCUAGGGAAACAGAUGAGCCCAUCCUGGAAGGGAAGAAGCCAAACUCUGCCCCUUCAUCCACAGCUCAUGGCUACAAGAAAUUCACCUUCUCUGAUCUAGAUGACCCCCUGGCCAACGUGCUUGAUGACUUACUUCCCGAAGAAACCAAAAAAGAACCUAAAGCCAGUAUACAAAAGACUCAACCUGAAAAAUCAGGGCUAUCUCCUUCCAUGUUCCCUAUCCAAAAGAAGAAGGAAACUGGGCCAAAGAAGAAAGAGGAGCUUAUAUUUAAUGAUGAUGAGGGUGAUCUGAUGGAUGCGCUAGGAUUUGACAGUGAAAAGGAGCCAUCUAAAAAGAAAGAGACUACGCUUCAUCAAGAUAGGGAGAGUAGUGAGCCCAAGCAGAGAGCUCGCACCAGGCUGGAUGAGAUUUUGGAACGUGGGACAUCGCCUCGUCUUCUGGAGCGACCACCCACAGGGGAGAGGAAGAACCAGUCUCAGCCUCCAGAGAAACCACAACAAGAAAAGAUCUCCAGUGCUAAAGAAGAGGACUUCACAUUUCUUUCAUAUCAGCCCACUUUGGUGUCCACCCCUGAAGGGCGCCAGUCAGGCAAGCAGACUGUCAGAUUCUCCACAGAAGAUAUCAGUUCCUCUACUCCUGAGCGUAAACCUAAACCCAGCACCCCUACAACACCCACCACCUCCACCCGCUCCCGAACCUCAGCUGACUGGCUGGGCCUCAAGACAAACAAUGACUAUAAUUAUCAAGAUGAAGACAUCAAGGAGCCCAAGAGUGAGCCAGAGACCUCAAAGAUUCCAACCUCACCUGUAGUAGAGAGAAGGCGCUCGCUGUCUGGUAGUUGUGCCACACCUGCAAAAACAAAGGUUGAGACAUCAGCUACUACAUCUGCCAACCCUCCCAAAACAGAGGUGGCUGAGAGCCAAAAGAAGGAAGAAGAGGAGGAUGACUGGCUAACAGGGGCCCUGAGUAGAAAGAAGGCUCUGGCAGCCUCAAACUCAGACACAAGAAGAUCCAAGCAGGAGGACUCUUUGGGGUUGGGUGAUGAGGUGGAUCUGGACUCCCUUCUAAGUAAACAAGUCUCUUCAUCGCUUAUUAAGGGCAGAGAGGAGGACACGUUUACAGCCAUCAAGGAACCAGGAGAGACCUCUCAAAGACAGCCCAGGCCCACGGCUCAAUUUACCCCAGUCAGGGAUAAGCCCAAACAAGUGCCGCAACAAAACCAAAUGCAGAACAUCGCUCCUGCUGGCCAACAACAGCUUACAAUUUCAUCAGACAGUCUUCAGCAACUGUUACUACAACAGCAGUUGAUUCAGUCUCAGCUGCUGGGUCAAGGGGGCCCUCUGGAUGCAGGGUCGCUACCAAGAUGGAAGGAGAGGGAGCAGAAAUAUGAAGAUCAUCAGGCCUUACAAGCUCGCAUCAUCCAGCUGGAUGGGCAGGUGAAAACCCUGCAUCUUGAGCGAGACCAAAGCCAGAUGCUGCUGGAGAGCAUUCAGCAGCGACACAAACAGGACAUGGAACUCAUGGAGAACACGCACAAGGCUCGCGUGAAGAUGCUGGAGGAAUCUGCGGCUCAGAGGGAGGCCCAGGCUCGGCGGGAGUGUGAAGACCUUAUUGAGCGCUUGGCCACAGUAACGCAGCAGGCUGAACAGCAGCGCUCUGAACUGCAAGCUCAGCACCAGCGCAGACUGGCCCAGGUCCAGCAAGACCGAGACCGUGAAGUCGAGCGUCUCAGAGAUCUACAGCGGAAAUCAAUCUUGGAAAUGAAAAAGGAUCACGAGGACCAGGUCCAGAGAUUGAAGAGGUUAAAGGAUGACGAGAUUGAUGCAGUCACAAGUGCAACAUCACAAACUAGGUCUCUUACAGUUGUGAUUGAGCAGAUGGAACAGUUCUCCCAACGGCUGGGAGACCUGUCUUCUCGGGUGGAGAGCACUCAUGAACACACGGCCCAGGGCCUUGAGCAGGGAGCGCGGCAGCGGGAUGAACAACUUCGAGUAAUGCAGAAUCGUCUGGAUCAGCAACAGAGAGCCAUGACAGAGGAGCGAGCCCGACUUAAGGAGGUCAUCACCAGAAUGGACACUCAGCUGGCUGAACAGCAGAGACAACUGGAGAAGGAGCGGUGGAAGGUGGCAGCAGAGCAGGCAAAGGCAGAGUCUGCCCAGAGAAGCCUAGAAGAGGAGAGGCGUUCCCUGACCAUGCACAUCAACAUGGAGAGGGAGGAGCUGGAAAGAGCGAAGAGUGCAUUGCUGGAGGAGCAGCAAUCAGUGAUGCAGCACUGUGCAGAGGAGAGAAGGAAGCUAGCAGCUGAGUGGUCCCAGUUCCACAGCCAGGAAAAGCAGAGACUGGAGAUGGCUGAACGCGAGGCCAGCCGGGCUAUGGAAAGGGAUGCCCACAGACAGAACUCAAUUAUCAGCAUGGCACAGGAACAGGCAGACCUGAAGCUUCGUGCUGGAGAGCUAAAACAGAAGGAUGAGGCUGUGGCACAUGAGAGGGAGACUCUUGCAAGAGAAAAGGAGGAGCUGGAAAGAGAAAAAGGAAGGCUAAGCAGUACAGCCCUGAAACUGAAGACACGGGCACAGGAGGUCGAGGCCUUCAGCAAGCUUGCCUCAGAGAAGUAUGAGGAGGGAGAGCAGGCCUUACAGGAGGCAAGACAUGUUGAGAGCGAACACCAGGCCAGGCUGAGAACUAUCCACUCUCAAAUAGAGAGACUGAGGCAGCAGGAACAUCACCUUCAUCAAGAGCGAAUAAGAGUAACAGAUAUACAAAAGGAAACGGAGAGGCUGAGGCAGGGUUUUCCCAUCACCCCUCUACCACAUGUGCCACUUAUUCCAGCCCAAAACUUUGUAUUAUCAAAUCCUGAAAUGGCAUAUAUCCCAAAUGCUCCCCCACCUACGCUGAUCUCAAGCCCCGGGUCAGUAGAGCUUCAGGCUAGGCUGGCUCUAUUAAAGCACACUGCAGAGAAGGUAAGUAGAAACCAUUACAGUCUCAUAACGUCUCAUAUUGAUGUGGUUGCUUUUUACAUCAUUAUAUUGUCUUCUGUCAGGACCGGGACUAUUUACAGGACGAGCAAUUCUUCUUGGAUACUCUAAAGAAAGCGUCGAACAAUUCAGCUCACACAGAUUGACCAAA